GGACGUUGUUUUUGUUUACAUCGUACUCACGCGGAAGUUGAAAAUUUUCAUAGCAAGCUAUUGGUACUGCUUUUGCUUUUCCAUUGACGCCGACUAUUAUUGCAGGGCCUUUUGCGUCUGCUAGCUAGGUUUUGCUUUUCUGUGGCCUGAAGAUGCUUCCGCUUUCGCUGCUCAAGACCGCUCAAGGACACCCUAUGUUGGUGGAACUGAAAAAUGGGGAGACCUACAAUGGGCAUUUGGUAAACUGUGAUACUUGGAUGAACAUACAUCUUCGUGAAGUCAUUUGUACUUCUAAGGAUGGAGAUAGGUUUUGGCGAAUGCCUGAGUGCUAUAUCCGGGGAAAUACAAUUAAGUAUCUUCGAGUUCCUGACGAGGUGAUAGAUAAAGUUCAGGAAGAGAGUAAGAGCCGUACAGAUAGGAAGCCACCUGGAGUAGGGCGUGGAAGAGGAAGAGGGAGAGAGGAUGGCACAAGUGGGCGGCCAGCCAAAGGCAUAGGACGUGGCUUUGAUGAUGGAGCUGCUAAAGGGAUGGGUGGGGGUCGAGGCAGGGGUGGUCCUGGUGGAAGAACUGGUGGAAGCAGAGGUAGCUCGCGUGGCAGCCGAUGAUCUGAAGCUGAGGCGUUGAAGGACCGAAGGAGGUUGACUGGUUUUGUGGGCAUUCUGCUCCGUUGUCCAUUUUAUAUUGUCACGAAGUUGCUUUCUAAUGUUCUGAAUUAUGCCGACCAUUCUUUAUCUAAGACAGUGAACGUUAAGACAGCAUGAAUGGUCGGAAGAGUGGAAAAACCUAAAAGAUUGUUGAGAGUGAAAGAUAUAGGUAGUAGUAUUGUAAGAGGAAACUUCCUUUUGGUAUUGAUUUAUUUCUACCUUUUGUGCUA